AUGAGUCUUAAAACAAGUUUAUUGUAUUGCUGUUUAAUAUAUUAUGUUAAAAUUAUUAGAGCCAGCGAGGUUGGGGAUGGCUGUUUAUCCAAUGGUGAAAACGGAGUCUGUGUUAUAAUCAGCGAUUGCGAGGUUGCAGUAAGGGCCAUAACUAUGAAUCAUUCCCAUCAUCUUCAAAGGUGCGGGUUCCAGGGCAUCACAGAGAUUGUCUGCUGUCCGCAUUCAUCGGAAAUCACGACUACUGCAGUCUAUCGGCCUACACUUGGACCGCGAGGAGGAGAUAAAAGUUUGAGAGUCGCUGACAGAGAGUGUAAAAAAAUAGUCGACACGUACAAUCCACCUUCUGGGGUAUAUAUUCUUGGUGGUGAAUUUGCAGAAGAAGGAGAAUUUCCGCACAUGGUAGCACUCGGUUAUAGAAUUUCAGAAGCCUACGUUUUUCGAUGUGGUGGUUCGUUAAUAUCAGAUAGAUAUGUAUUAACUGCCGUCCAUUGUGUUAAUACUUUAGAUCGUAUACAACCCAGCAUUGUUCGUGUUGGCGUUGUAAAUAUAACUGGCGACAACUGGAACGAUGCCACGGACAUUGAAGUAGAGCGCAUUUACAUACAUCCGGACUACUCGAGACCACGAAAGUAUCAUGACUUGGCAAUGCUCAGAUUAGCUAAAAGAGUUCCGACCUCUCGAAACGUGUUCCCAACAUGUUUGUACACCGGCGAAGCCGACCCCACUGUGCCUCUCACAGUCACCGGUUGGGGAGUAACUGAUGUAACGCGAGCUGCGACUAGUAAUUUGUUGCUAAAGGCAACACUAAAUAUAGUGCCACAAGAAAGUUGCAACCUCAAGUAUUCAAAAUCACGCAAGUUGCCCAACGGCAUUGUAAAUGAACAAUUAUGCGCCGGAGACUUGUCAGGCGUUAUGGACACUUGUCAGGGUGACUCGGGUGGUCCGUUGCAAGGACUAACGGGGUUAGACGGUCACUACAGGCUGGUGGGCGUGACUUCGUUCGGGAGUGGUUGCGGCUCACCUGUGCCCGGAGUGUACACUCGUGUCUCCAAGUACCUUGACUGGAUUGAAAGUACUGUGUGGUCCACAGCAUGA